AUGCAUAAUGUGCCAGCAUUCGGAUACCCUACUCCCCCGGCGUCGCCUUCGUACGACGACCAGAAGUGUACCUACCAACAUCCAUUUGCCAUCCCGGCAGUUUGUCAACCACGAUACCCAGUCAGACCGGAGGACAGAUUAGGAAAAUUUCUCGGUGACAGCCUUCAGCUAGUUGGAAUUCUCGGCACUGGCGCAUAUGGAGUCGUUUACACUGCCGUCGACAUCAGGAACGGGACACGAUAUGCCGUCAAGACUUUGAGCAAGUACAACGCCGAUGGAUCUCCACUGGACCGACGCCAGAUUGCUUUCCAGCAGCGAGAACUCCGCCUACAUUACCUUGCAUCAGCACACCCAAACGUUGUUUCCAUGUUUAAGAUCGUGGAUGAUCCGGACUGUACAUAUGUUGUACUGGAAUACUGCCCAGAAGGAGACCUUUUCUUUAACAUCACGGAGUGUGGACAAUACGUGGGUAAGGACGAUCUUUCUAGGAGUGUCUUCCUCCAGAUCCUGGAUGCCGUCGAGCACUGCCAUACCCUCGGAGUUUACCACCGUGACCUAAAGCCGGAGAACAUUCUUGUGUCGAACCAAGGUGCAACCGUCAAGCUUGCAGACUUUGGAUUAGCUACUUCGUCCGACCGAUCCGAGGAUUACGGAUGUGGCUCGACGUUCUACAUGUCGCCAGAGUGCCUAGAUCCAUCUGCCAGGAGGCCUUUCUACUACUGUGCCCCCAAUGACGUCUGGAGUCUGGGCGUCAUCUUGGUGAAUUUGACUUGUGGUCGCAACCCCUGGAAGCAGGCAUCCUUUGAGGACUCUACCUACCGUGCCUUUACCAGGAAUUCCAGCUUUCUCAAGACUAUUCUUCCUCUAACAGAUGACCUGAACGACAUCCUGGGAAGGAUCUUUGAACGAAACCCAGACCAUAGAAUUACGUUAGCAGAGCUCCGGGAAAGGAUUUUGGCUUGCCCCCAAUUUACU